GUGAAAGGAGAGCGUUGUUUCGUGGAGUGCAUGAGAGUGUGAAAGAGAUAUGGACGUCGCUCAGGCGCUCCAUAUGAAUGGUGGUGAUGGAGAUUAUAGCUAUUCAAACAAUUCUCUUCUACAGAAUACACUAGAAGAACCUAUCAAAAAAUAAUGAUAUGGAGCCCAUCAUCAUGCAUAUAAAUAGAGGUAGCCCAAACUCAACAGGCAUAGUCUCUUGGUGUGUGGAGAGAUUUGAGUGUGUGCAAGAGUUAUGGACGUCACUCAGGUUCUUCGUAUGAAUGGUGGUGAUGGAGAUUAUAGCUAUUCCAACAAUUCUCUUCUACCGAGAAAGGUUAUAUCAAUGACCAAACCUAUAAUCGAUGAUGCUUUGACCAAUCUUUAUUCGGCUUUGAACUUCCCCAAAACCUUAAUCAUGGCGGAUCUUGGAUGUUCCUCUGGACCAAACACAUUACUAGUGGCAUCCGAGCUCGUCAAGUCAGUUGACAAGAUCCGACAGAAAUUUGGUAACGAUGAAUCACCCGAAAUACAGAUCUACUUGAAUGAUCUUCCACAAAAUGAUUUCAACACCAUUUUUCUCUCGGUGUCAAAGUUUCGGAAGAACCUUUCAAACCAAAUGGUGUCCAACAACUCUUCUUCACCGUGUUACAUUUCUGGUGUCCCUGGAUCAUUCUAUACCAGGCUUUUUCUAAGAAAAAGCAUUCAUUUUGUUUACUCUUCCUAUAGUCUCAUGUGGCUCUCCCAGGUGCCUGAAAUGAUAGAUAUAAACAAAGGGAACAUAUACAUGUCAACAACAAGCCCACCUAGCGUAAUAAAAGCAUACCGUGAGCAAUUUCAAAAAGAUUUUUCAAUGUUUCUCAAGUGUCGUGCGGAUGAGAUGGUGAGUGAAGGGCGUAUGGUUUUGACGAUACUAGGGAGACAAAGUGACGAUCCUUGUAGCAAAGAAUGUUGUUACAUAUGGGACCUCUUAGCUACUUCUCUAAAGGAUAUGGUUGCGGAGGGACUUAUAGAAGAAGAGAAACUAGAUUCAUUCAACAUUCCACAGUACACUCCAAGUCCUAAAGAGGUACGUAAUGAAGUUGAGAAAGAAGGGUCAUUCGUGAUUGAUCGCCUUGAGGUUUCUGAAGUGAAUUGGGAUGCAAGCACAGGCAAUAAUCUCAAUUUAUCUGAAGAGGAGGAUGUGCAAGGAUACAAUAUGGGCAAAUGUAUGAGGGCUGUUUCUGAGCCUUUGGUCUUGAGCCACUUUGGUGAGUCGACAAUUGACGAGGUGUUCAAGAGGUACGCCGAAAAUAUCAAGAGUAGCAUGUCCAGAGAGAAGACCAAGCUCAUUAAUGUCACUGUGUCAGUGACCCGAAAAGGAUGAACUUCUUAUGAUUUCAACAUCUACACAUAAUAAACAACUAUUUGGAUUGCUUUGUUAUAGUUAAGAAUGCAGUUGCUUUUCCGUAA